AUGUCAGACCCUGACCCUUCAUCUGGAUUUGUGGGCAGCGUGGAGAACGGAACUUUCCUGGAGCUCUUUCCCACCUCCCUGUCCACCUCUGUGGAUUCAUCUUCUGGCCAUUUGUCCAACGUCUACAUCUAUGUUUCAAUAUUUCUCAGCCUUUUGGCUUUUCUGCUCUUGCUCUUGAUCAUUGCUCUGCAGAGGCUUAAAAACAUCAUCUCAUCCAGUUCGUCCUACCCUGAGUACCCUAGUGAUGCUGGGAGUUCAUUCACUAACUUGGAAGUCUGUAGCAUCUCCUCUCAGAGGUCUACUUUCUCCAACCUUUCCUCCUGA